UUUUAAAAGAAAAAUGGAAAAGAUAUGCGUAGCAGUGCGAGUGAGACCUCCGAUUACCCAAGAAAAUCCUUCUGGAGCCUUCUGGAAAGUCGAAGACAAUCGAAUUUCUCUUCACAAGCUUCAAGGCUCCCCAAUUUCUGGUGUUUCCUAUGCUUUCGAUCAUGUAUUCGAUGAGAAUUGCUCCAAUUCAGUGGUGUACGAGCUACUUACUAAGGAUAUUAUUCAUGCUGCCGUCGACGGCUUUAACGGGACUGCUUUUGCAUACGGGCAAACGAGCAGUGGCAAGACCUUCACUAUGAACGGUUCAUCUAGCGACCCCGGUAUUAUUCAUCGAGCAGUUAACGAUUUAUUUCAGAAAAUAAAUACGAUUUCAGAUCGGGAGUUUCUCAUACGAGUCUCCUACAUGGAAAUUUAUAAUGAAGAAAUUAACGACCUUCUCGCUGUCCAGAAUCAGAAAUUACAGAUUCAUGAGAGUUUGGAGCGCGGGAUUUUCGUUGCGGGUCUUAGGGAAGAAAUUGUGAACACUGCAGAACAAGUGAUGAAGCUCCUGGGGUCAGGAGAAGUUAACAGACAUUUUGGUGAGACAACUAUGAAUGCACGAAGUAGUAGGUCUCAUACAAUAUUCAGAGUUGUGAUAGAAAGCAAGGAAAAGGAUACAGGCUAUUUUGAUGAUUAUUCAAGCAGUGAUGCCAUUCGCGUCUCAGUUUUGAAUUUGGUAGAUUUGGCUGGUUCUGAGCGGAUUGCUAAGACUGGAGCUGGUGGAGUACGUUUGAGGGAAGGAAAGUAUAUUAACAAGAGCUUAAUGGUUCUUGGUAAUGUGAUUAACAAACUUAGUGACGGUGCAAAGCAAAGGGCACAUAUUCCUUAUCGGGACAGUAAAUUAACCCGCAUACUUCAACCUGCUCUAGGAGGGAAUGCAAAAACUUCAAUUAUAUGUACUGUAGCUCCUGAAGAGAUUCACACUGAGGAGACGAAGGGAACUCUCCUUUUCGCUAGCAGAGCCAAACGAGUCACUAAUUGUGCUCAAGUGAAUGAGAUUUUGACGGAUGCAGCCCUACUGAAAAGGCAAAAGUUGGAGAUAGAGGAGCUACGCAGGAAGCUCCAGGGAUCUCAUGCUAAGGUGCUGGAGCAAGAAAUAUUAAAACUGAGGAAUGACAUGCUUAAGUAUGAAUUAGAGCGUGAAAAGCUUGAAAUGGAACUAGAAGAAGAAAGAAGAUCGCAUAAAGAGCGUGAUGAGUACUUUAGAGGCCAGCUGAUGAUGAUUGAAAACCUAAGUAGUUUGGUUUCUGAUGGUGAUGGAAGUUCAAGUCAGGACUCCAUGGAAAGCCCAAUAGAAGAAUGUAAUGAAAAAGGAGAUGAUUUUAAAACACCUUGUUUUAAAGUAGCGCCCAAGGCCUUUGUCGCCAAGAGAUCGAAUUAUUCACAGUUGCCAGAUUUCAGUCCUCUUCCAGAUUCUUUUAGCAAUGUAGCCGAUGAAGACACUUGGUUCAAAAUAAACAAGGGUUAUAUUGCAAACCUUGAUUCAAUUCAAGCAACUCCUGCAAGAAAAGUUCAAUCCUUUCCACCAGAAGAUGCAACUCCUAAUUAUUUGAAUAAGAACUACAAAAUGGAACUCCAAAAUCUCAAGCGACUGCUAGAACUUGUCACUGAUGAGAAGAGUGAACUCCAGAGAAAGCUUGAAGAACAUAUACAAUUGAAUGAUAGAUUGAAGGGAGAAAUGUCUGAACUUAAACAAGAAGCAUUGCUAGCUCGGGGAAUUCCUCAAAGACUGUCUGAAUCUGUGGCAAGUUUUAAGGAUAUUUAUGAAGAAGUUUUGUCAAAGAUGCAGAGUUCUACAUUUGAAGGGAAAUCUUCAACUACUGAACUGCUCUGCAGCACAAGUAAAAUGGUGCCAAUCCUUUUCUCGGCAUUGGAAACUCAUAUUUCAAACACAAUAGAUGGUCACAAAUCUUCAACUGGGAAAAUUUCUCGAAUACAAGAAUGCACCAUAGCGCUUUCUGAAAGACUCGAAACCACUAUUACAUCCUUGAUUCUAUCUGAAACUGAUGAUAAACAAGCGAAGACCCCCUUAUGCAGCUGCAACUUUAAGGUAGCCCCCCGGUCAAGAUACCAUUUAUCAAUUAUGGUUUUAUUUUUCAUUAUGUUAUUAGGAUAUUUGGUUUCAUCCUUUAUGAUCCUGAUUUUCUGAACUCUAUUUCCUAUACAUUCUAUAAAUCUUUUCAUAUGUUGUGUGAAUGUUGUUUAGUAAGCAAAAAAGGAACUCCAAAAA